UUUCUCUCUCCGUCUCUGGGGGCGAGGAGGGGGCCGAGGGCCCGUGGGAGCCUUGCUCUUCUCUCCCCUCUGUGGCUCGGGGGUCUCGGUCGGCGUCCUCCUCCUCCUCCUCCUGCAGCCGUCUCCAUGUGCCCGGGAAAGGGAGCCCGGCGGACCCGGCUCCCGCCGCCGCCGGUGCUGCUGCUGCUGCUUCUGCUGAACGCUGUGCACCAGGCCCCAGUAGAGGCAACUGGUGAAGGAGCAUUCUGCAGGACAGGAUUUCCUGAAGAUGUUUACAAUGCUGUCUUAUCGAGAGGCAUGCGUGAAGGACAACGUCUUCUCAAUGCGAUGUUUAACAACUGCAACGGGGACAGGAGGGUACAGUAUGCAAGCAGCGAGCCGGCGGAUUUCAGGGUGGACGAAGAUGGCGUGGUUUAUGCAGCCAGAGGGUUUCAGACGCCUCCGGAGCAAGCAGAAUUCACCAUCUAUGCUCACGACGUUGAAACCGAGGAAAAGUGGCAGAUGGCAAUAAAGCUGACCCUGGAGCCCACGGGCACGGAAAGCUCGUUGCCAGAAAAGUCACUGCAGGAACGACAGAAAAUUGAAGAAAUCGUAUUUCCACACCAACCACCGAAGCAGACUGGCCACCUUCAGAGGCAGAAGAGAGAUUGGGUGAUCCCCCCAAUCAACUUGCCCGAAAACUCCAGAGGGCCGUUUCCUCAGGAACUCGUUAGGAUCAGAUCGGAUAGAGAUAAAAAUCUGUCGCUGCGGUACAGCGUAACCGGACCUGGAGCGGACCAACCUCCGACGGGCAUCUUCAUCAUCAAUCCCAUCUCGGGUCAGUUGUCAGUCACCAAGCCUCUGGAUCGGGAGCUGAUCGCACGUUUUCACCUGAGGGCCCAUGCGGUGGAUAUAAAUGGAAAUCAAGUGGAGAAUCCCAUUGACAUUGUCAUCAACGUUAUCGAUAUGAAUGACAAUAGACCCGAAUUCUUACACCAGGUUUGGAAUGGAACUGUUCCUGAAGGAUCAAAACCAGGAACUUACGUGAUGACUGUAACGGCCAUUGACGCUGAUGAUCCUAACGCACAAAACGGAAUGCUGAGGUACAGAAUUUUGUCCCAGGCUCCAAACACCCCUUCCCCAAACAUGUUCACAAUCAACAAUGAGACCGGCGAUAUUAUAACAGUGGCGGCUGGACUUGAUAGAGAGAAAGUGCAGCAGUAUACGUUAAUAAUUCAAGCUACAGACAUGGAAGGAAAUCCAACAUAUGGUCUUUCAAACACAGCAACUGCCAUCAUCACAGUGACAGAUGUCAAUGACAAUCCUCCAGAAUUCACCGCUAUGACUUUCUAUGGUGAAGUCCCUGAAAACAGGGUGGAUGUCAUAGUAGCCAAUCUAACUGUGACCGAUAAGGAUCAACCACACACUCCCGCCUGGAAUGCAGUUUACAGAAUCACGGGCGGGGAUCCCACAGGGCGCUUCGCUAUUCAGACCGACCCGAACAGCAAUGACGGCUUAGUAACGGUUGUGAAGCCAAUCGACUUUGAGACCAAUCGAAUGUUUGUACUUACUGUAGCUGCGGAAAACCAAGUGAUGUUAGCCAAGGGUAUUCAGCAUCCACCCCAGUCGACGGCCACCGUCUCUGUCACCGUCAUCGAUGUGAACGAGAACCCCUAUUUUGUCCCGAACCCCAAACUCGUGCGUCAGGAGGAGGGACUCAGGGCUGGCACCAUGUUAACAACCUUCACAGCUCAGGAUCCAGAUCGUUACAUGCAGCAGAGCAUUAGGUAUACCAAGCUGUCAGACCCUGCCAACUGGCUAAAAAUAGAUCCUAUCAAUGGUCAAAUAACUACAGUCGCGGUUUUGGAUAGAGAGUCCCCAAAUGUGAAAAGCAAUAUGUACAAUGCUACCUUCCUCGCUACUGACAAUGGAAUUCCUCCAAUGAGUGGAACUGGCACGCUACAGAUAUAUUUGCUGGACAUCAACGACAACGCUCCUCAAGUGUUACCUCAAGAAGCUGAAACCUGUGAAACACCAGACCCCAAUUCAAUUAACAUCACAGCCCUCGACUAUGACAUUGAUCCGAAUGCUGGACCAUUUGCUUUUGAUCUCCCCAUGAAUCCUGCUACCAUUAAGAGGAACUGGACUAUCACCCGUCUCAAUGGUGAUUUUGCUCAACUUAACUUGAAGAUCAAGUUUCUGGAAGCCGGGAUCUAUGAAGUGCCCAUCAUCAUCACAGACUCCGGCAAUCCCCCCAAAUCCAACACUUCGAUUCUGCGGGUGAAGGUCUGCCAGUGCGACUCCAACGGCGAUUGCACGGAUGUCGACCGGAUCGUGGGGGCGGGCUUGGGAACUGGUGCCAUCAUCGCCAUCCUCCUCUGCAUCAUCAUUUUACUCAUCCUGGUCUUGAUGUUCGUUGUAUGGAUGAAGCGUCGGGACAAGGAACGCCAGGCCAAGCAGCUUCUGAUUGAUCCUGAAGAUGACGUCAGAGACAAUAUCUUAAAAUAUGACGAGGAAGGUGGUGGAGAAGAAGACCAGGACUAUGACUUAAGCCAGCUGCAGCAACCUGAUACUGUGGAACCUGACGCUAUCAAACCUGUUGGGAUCAGAAGGCUUGAUGAGAGACCCAUUCACGCAGAACCUCAGUAUCCGGUCAGAUCAGCAGCACCGCACCCCGGUGACAUUGGCGACUUCAUUAAUGAGGGACUGAAAGCAGCGGACAACGAUCCCACAGCACCGCCCUACGACUCUCUCCUAGUCUUCGACUACGAAGGCAGCGGCUCCACCGCAGGGUCUUUAAGUUCCCUGAAUUCCUCAAGUAGCGGCGGUGAGCAAGACUAUGAUUACCUAAAUGACUGGGGACCACGUUUCAAGAAACUCGCCGACAUGUACGGCGGGGGUGACGACUGAACUUCAGCUGGAACUUGGUUUUUGGACAAGUACAAACAUUUCAACUGAUAUUCCCCCAAAAGCGUACAGAGCUAGGCUUUAACUUUGUAGUCUACUAGCACAAGUGCUUGCUAAAGGCUUUGGCAUAGGCUGCAAACCAAUUCGGGCUCAGUGGAAUAUCAGUAAGCCAAUACCGUUUGGAAAAAAACAAAAUAUUGAGCUCAGUUACACUUGAAUUUUACAGUACAGAAGCACUGGGAUUUUAUGUGCCUUUUUGUACCUUUUUCAGAACGGAAUUAGUUUUAUGUUUAAGGCUUUAAUGGUACUGAUUUCUGAAAUGAUGAGUAAAAGAGAAGCUCUUUUGAAAUGGGAAGCAGUAAGUUAAACCGUGAUAUGCUUCAACGUGCUCUUGUUACAUUGUGUUGCUUUUAUUAAAAUACAGAUUAUGAAAAAAAAACACCUCAUGGAGCGGUUUUAUUAUCAUGGGGUGGAGGCCAUGAGAGAGAAAAAUUGUACAUCACUUCUAGUUUUAGAUCUAGAUUUUCUUUUUCACUAAAAUUCUAAAAACAGCUGGUGGCAAAUAAAGGGAGUUUUCAUAUCACCAGUGUGUAGCAGAAUUGUGAUUUUUUUUCUCCGUAAACUAGAAUGUUAGAGACAUUUUGGUCUUAAUCCAUGUACACUUUUUUAUUUCUUGUAUUUUUUUUCACAUCACUGUAAAAAUGGUAUGUGUACAUAAUGUUUUAUUGGCAUAGUCUAUGGAGAAGUGCAGAAACUUCAGAACAUGUAUGUAUUAUUUGAACUUUGGAUUCCAGUUUUUGCAUGUUUAUAGCUUUCGUUAUGGGUAAAGUAUUUACAAAACAGGUUUAAACAAGUGACAUUGAUUCAUUGUUGAGCUGUAGUUAGAAUACUCAUUUUUUAAAUUUUUUUAUUUUAUUUGUUUUGUUUUUGAUUUGGGGAGGGAGAAAAGUUCUUAGCACAAAUGUUUUACAUAAUUUGUACCAAAAAAAAAAAAAAGAAGAAGAGGGUGUCCUGAUACCGGUGACAAGGCUAAAUGUGUGUUUUAAAAAAAAGCUUUUAAACUGGAGAGACUUCUGACAGCUUUGCCUCUGUAUUGUGUACCAGAAUAUAAAUGAUCCACCUCUCACCCUGGCGUUCUGAAUAAAAUGCUAAUUUUGGAUCCGG